AAAAGGGGGCGGGGGCCUGCUUGUUGUGUUGCUGCUGAAGAACCAGAGACAGUCUUGCCGCGGCAGCAGCACCUACAGCCGCCCGACAAUGUCGUCUAAUUUGGUAGAGCAGCCACCGCCCCUGCACAACAACAACAACAACUGCGAAGAAGGCGAACAACCUUUGCCACCGCCAGCCGGCCUCAACAGUUCCUGGGUGGAGCUGCCAAUGAACAGCAGCAAUGGCAAUGAUAAUGGCAAUGGGAAAAAUGGGGGGCUAGAACAUGUACCUUCUUCAUCUUCUAUCCACAAUGGGGACAUGGAGAAGAUUCUUUUGGAUGCACAACAUGAAUCAGGACAGAGUAGUUCCAGGGGCAGCUCUCACUGUGACAGCCCUUCCCCACAAGAAGAUGGACAGAUUAUGUUUGAUGUAGAAAUGCAUACCAGCAGGGAUCAUAGCUCUCAGUCAGAAGAAGAAGCUACAGAAGGAGAGAAAGAAGUUGAUGCUUUAAAGAAAAGUGUAGAGUGGGUAUCUGAUUGGUCCAGUCGACCUGAAAACAUUCCACCUAAGGAGUUCCACUUUAGGCAUCCUAAACGUUCGGUUUCUUUAAGCAUGAGAAAAAGUGGAGCCAUGAAGAAAGGGGGUAUUUUCUCCGCAGAAUUUCUUAAAGUGUUCAUUCCGUCUCUCUUCAUUUCUCAUGUUUUGGCUUUGGGGCUAGGCAUCUAUAUUGGAAAACGACUGAGCACAUCUUCUGCCAGCACCUACUGAGGGAAAGAAAAGCCCCUGGAAAUGUGCGUGACCUGUGAAGUGGUGUUAUUGUCACAUUAGUUUGUUUGAACUUGAGACCAUUGUAAGCAUGACCCAACCUACCACCCUACUUCUACAUAUCCAAGUUCCAGUAACUCCAAAUCCAGUGUUUUAUUCUAACUCUGUUGAGGCGUUUUACUAACCUCAUUCCUUUUUUGGCCUAUAAGACACUUUAAGACUUUCCUAACAGAGUUUACUGUUGUCUAGAAAUUGCAAGGGCUUCUUUUCUGCACAUGCCACCAGCAGGUUAUAAUUUUGUCAGCAAUGCUGUUUUCUCCUUUUAACCACCACCAGAUUUACACCUGCAUUAUUGAUGGUAUAAAUUUUACUGUAGCAAGAUAACUACCAUCCCUGUCUUCUCUUCAGAUGAGAUCAUGUUAGCAUAUUAUAAUAAAGCUCUCUGGGGUUUUUUCUCAAGACAAAAGCAGGCUUCCCUAAACUUGAAUUUAUAGCUAUUAAAAAAGAAAACAAAGCAAACAAGCAAAAAAUAAAUAAGACACAAGGAAAAAAAAAUAUCCUGGGCAAUAAAAAAAUUAUUUUAAACCA